AUGAUCGGCCUCCGCGCUGUCUUCCUCAUUGCCUGCCUAUUUCCACUCGUCCUAUCCAUUUGUGGUCCCGACUGCACAUUCCGCUUCUGUGCCUCCAAUGAUGUGAUGUUUAUGCGAAGGGUGGGCACCUUGAUGACUGUCCGUCCGCCUGGCAUAUCGCAAGGCGCAUUCAUCUGCCAUCCUGACAUCCCAAACUUGGCCCGUGUUCGCACCGUCGGUGAGACUCUUGUGUUCAACGAAGACAACACCACAGUCCCCAUCUCCCAGUGGAGGCCCACCGGCUUAGACGUGCCCUUCGCACCAGACUUCUUCGGCGUCAAACGUGUCGUCUUCCAGCCCAACAGAUGGGGAUUGGCCAGGGGAAACAGCUCAGGCAACCAACAAGCAAUUUUGCAUGACCGCUGCCUAGCCAUGCCCAUCCGUUCCUGGUACGUGACGAAGCAGGAUGGUUCGUUGGAAAAGAUGACGAGUGACGGGUCGAAAGGCGACUGCAUCUCGUUUGAGACUCAAACCGUCAAGGUUUAUGUCGAGCUUGCGUACGACAGUGGUGAUAUCAUCGAAAUCGAGAUGGAGGAACCAGAUGGCACAAUGAUCAACAGUGAAAACGAAAGUUCUGGACGCGGUCGUCUCAGUGACAAUGCCAACCAGAAUUGUACUGCCCAACCUGCCGGGUUUAAGAACGUCGUCUACAGGUAUCCGCGAGUAGAAGCCAUUCUUCCGGGUUCGUACAAAGUGACUUUGAAACACACACGCAACUGCGGGAAGGGACCGACCACUUGGACCGUCAAGGUUUGGUUGGAUGACGAAAUGAUCUUCAGGCGCAGGGGUAUGUCGGACGCCUCAAACGGAGAGAUUAUUUUCCAAGGGAGCUACAACUUGGACAUCAACUCUUAGAACCGUUUUUCUUGCUAGAAAGGGACUUGGUAAAGGCAAAAUCAAAUGUAAACAUCGAAGCGAACAGUUUAUCGU